AUGGCUAACCUACGCGCAGGCAAAAAUGCGCGCGGUGAUGAAAGAUGUGCCCGAGGCCUACCAGUUCUGGAAGGUUUGUCUUAUGACAGCGUGCUGCGUCGCUGGUGUGUCAAGGUUCCACCAGAGAUUUGUUCUUCUGGAGGAACCUUCUAUUUCAGCACGUCGAGCAACGACGUCGCCAACGUAUGGCUAUCGGCAUUGUAUCAUUGGGGUCGUUUGAUUGUGUGCCACCUGCGUAGCAAGGAUACGGACUGUCCGUGCGGAGUGUGUAGGAGCGCAUUCGAAAAGCCGGGCGGAUCGGAGAAGCUUUCGGUACUCGACUUUACCGAAUUCUUCGCGGACGGUGUAGAAGCCACAUCGGCGGUGCCUUCUGCCCGCUUGACCGUUGGUUCGGCAGCCUUAACUGAUAAUUGCGGAAAUGCCUCGUCUGAAAUCUGCGGAUGUUGGAACCGUAAUGAGGCAUUGAUUCCUCCAGAUAACUUGUUAAAUGUUGAGAACACCAGAAGGUAUGAGGACACUCUGCCGCUCGGUUCUAUUUUCUUCGACGACAGUUUGAGUGGGUCGUUGUCUAAUGCCCACCGCGACACACCACGUGGCGUCGGAUUCUCUGGCAGUAACUUUUGCGGAGGUUUCGACGCGUUGGCAAGCAUCAGUGCUGGUCGAUUAAAGGGUUGCCCUACAGACUUAUGUGCCAGCGAACCGGUGGAUUAUUUGUCGCGACGUCAACUUGCCCACGGUCAUGGCCUCCCUCCAUCGACACGUUCCCCGAAUAGGUCUUCUAGCAGCGGCAUUUCCCCAGUCCCCGAUGUUUCGACCGCCGGCGAAGCUAUCCUGGCCUCCGCCAAGGAGAGGUUAGCACUUACUACCACGCAUGUCGAAUCGUCUUGCUUGCCGAGAGGUGACACCUACCACUCAGCACCCCUACUUCAUGCUACAUGCGCCGAUGCGCUCGCAGCUUCACAUUUUGUCAAUCGCUAUCAUGAGCUGCAGACGCAAUAUUGCACCGGCGCAUGCAGUGCACAUCUGACCGCUGGGCGUGACUACGAUAACCUACGCUUCCUUUCUCUGCUGGCAGGCCACACAAGGCACGGAAGCUCGCGUAAAGCGCCACAGUUCAAGGCCGAAGGGAUGGGUUUGCUGCGUCUUCAUCAGCGCCACGCAAGACGCAAAAACAGGCAAGAUCGGGUGGGAGAUGAAUCAGCACAUCGCCGGCAGACAGCCGGUCUCACUCAGGACUACAUCAUCCAGCUUGACUCGCAAGCCAUUCCCUCCCGAUCAGACAUUUACCGUGCAGGAGGAAUCGAUCGUGGCGUAGGCAACUCCUCCCAUCAGGAAGAUAAUGCAGGAAGCAGCCAUGCGGAGAGUCCGUCUGGCUAUUCCUCUGCAGUCUCAACGCGGCGGUCAACCGAGUCUAAGUCACAGGAAACAGCGGACCACUUUUCCGACAAUGCUGUUGGGGAUCCGAGUUCCUCGGCCGAGUUCGAUGACAACUCCUCCAUGACCGACGAUUCGCUCGGCGACAGCACCCGCAAAUCCCGUCGCCGCGGAAGGCCACGCUCAAACGUCCCCAGCAAUAUAUCUGACAUGGCUGAGGCUCUGAGACCCUGGCAUAGAGAGGUGUUUUGGGUACCGAGCAUCUCUCGUUGGCGCACGUCAUUCACCGACGAAACCGGCACCCGCCACACGAAGACGUUCACUCCGUCUGUUUUCGGCGGUGUGAAGGAGGCUUACGACGCUGCCGUCAAAUACAAGGAGGCAGUUGACCAGAUAUGCGAGGCUAGCGGCAUCCCGGAGUCGAGGCGCAUUUUACUCAAACGUGACAUAGAGAUGUCCCUCAAGCGCAAGCGUCUGCCACGAAAUUGUACCGUGGACCUUUUUUCUCACUUCGACAACAACCCCAGUAGCGCUGACGACGCUGCGGCUCCUGCUACCUCGUCCCAGGAUAUGACAUCCAGCAACAGUUCUUCAUCAUCGGGUGGACAGGGAGCCAUCUGUCCUCCUGCUAGUGAUGCGCCCGCUUACAAUGCCGAUGCGUUGUCGGCUCCCAUUCCGCGAGACCUGCAGAAGUGA